AGGUAGACCAUCGAGAUGGAACAAUCAGAAACCUACCACCUAAGAAAGAUGUUGUCUUCUCUAGUGUUCUGCAGCUGUUUCGUGGCUCUCAUGACCAUCGGCUCGGCCAAUGUCGAUCCUUACUACCGCAAUUCGGUCCAACAGGUAGACCAGACUCUGUACUCUACUCUGUUGGCGCUAUUACUGGCCGGGAAUGCAGAGCAAACACUCGCCGAAAGCCAAUAUCAACGAAGAAAUCCUCAACAAGCUCGACCUUAUUAUAGUUCUAUGGGAUCGUCGUUUUACCCAUCCUACUAUCCAGUAUUCCCCCCGCCAUCACAGGCUGAUUAUUACCUUCCCAAUCAACAGCAAGGAGAUGAAUCAUCAGCAUUAUUUCGGUCAGGAUCGGAACCCCGAUUCUUUGGGUUGAAAAAGGCUUCACUUUCUGGAUUGAUUUCUGCCCUGAGGGGACCACCAGGCCCUCCAGGUCCUCCAGCCCCAGCCCCAGGGCCCGCUCCGGCUCCAGGCCCAGCUCCAACCCCAGCUGGUAUUCCGGGUCCUCCAGGUCCUCCUGGCCCAAUAGGUGCUAUUGGAUCUGUAGGACCAGCUGGGGCGGCUGGAAAAGAUGGACCGCCUGGACCAGCUGGAGCAGCCGGCGCAAUUGGUCCUGUCGGACCUCCCGGCCCAGCAGGCCCAGCAGGUCCCGCAGGUCCCGCAGGUCCAGCAGGUCCAGCUGGCCCUGCUGGUCCUUAAAAAGUCUUGUUGGCUGAUAGUAGCCAAGUAGCCUAUACAGCACGAGGACGGGAAGGUUAAUUGCAAUAUAUUGUCUUAUUUCAAAAACAUUGUUGGUGCUGGUAUUUGUAAAAGGAAUGGGAUCUGGGGGAUAUAGAUGCACUUAACUAACAUUAACCAUUCUCAAUGAAUCUUGAAGUUGUAUUAACUCUUUAAUAAUGGAUUCAAUAAAUAAACCGCAAUCAAAUAUGA